GAUGACAAAAAAACUGACAUGGCACUGAUGGCCUGAAUGCUUAGGCAUCCACAUUUGCAUUUGACGGUUUUCUUGCGACUGUUAUUGACACAUGUUAAUCUCGGUGGUUCAGAACAAGCUCUAUUCUCGAUCAAAAUUUUGACAGUCGGAUUUCUCCAUGACCAAAUUAACGGAAUGGCUCACGGUCCUGACCGUGCUGAUAUCAAUUUGGUGGGCCUUGUACAUGGAGAUGAUUCUUCCCCAAUGGGGUCGCAAUCAUCCCAUGACCGUAUUAAGUUUGCCCGUGGUCGGUGUGGCUCUGUUUGGGUUGUACUCGGUAGGUGUGAUCGCCUACCGGGUGGCCACUUUUAAUGACUGCGAAGAGGCAGCCCAAGAGCUCCAAUCCCAAAUUGUGGAAGCCCAAGCGGACCUCAAGAAAAAGGGAUUCAAAGCCAAAUGAGUGAAUUCCUAAUUGCGUGAAUGGAAUGAGAAAGUUGACCCAGCUUUUGGGAAUGACCAUGCCCUGAUGUUGUGAUAAUUUUCAUAAAUAAAUAUUCUCCCUCAAGUUUUCGUGUC